UGGUAAGAAGAAAAUAAUACGUCGAUUUUCUGGAAAGAAUUAGAAUAACUUGAAAAAAAUAAUUGAAAUAAAAAGAAAAAAAAAUACUACAAAACACACAGCUUAUGCAUAAAAAACUUAAAAAAAUACCAUGGAAAGUGCCGAUGAGAUUGAUGUGUGUCAGAAUGUAGAGCCUCACGAAGUAGAGGAGACUGUCAAGUCUAAGGCUGUGGUUAAGUUUUCUCAGGUACAAGUGCCGGUGAAAUUCAAUCGUUUGGAGUGUAAUACCAACUUGAAUCUACCCCCAUCCAAUUGGCUGACCACUGCCGAUAAUAGCUAUGGUUUGCAUCAAGCUUUGUAUCAUAGUCCUGGAUUUGCCAGUUUUCGCAUGGCCCAUAUGUUUCCCGAUUGUGUGGGUGAGGUAGACGUAGUGGCAGAUGCUGAGAAUAUCAAAAAAUUAUUGAAACUACCCUAUACAUCCCAGGGAGCUAUCAGCAUGAUAGUGCACAAAGUGGGAAAUACUAUACUCUUGGACGAGUUCGAUAUACAGAAGUAUUUGCUGCGUAAAGCAGAUGAUGAUUGGAAAUGGCUAAGAUCUUUUAUACUCGAACAAAUUUUGGCCUAUGGCGACGGCGGCCACAAUUUUUGUUUGAAAGACAAAUCACGCGAAGCUAUACAAACAAAGAAUUUACUUUCCAAGUUUUUAUACUAUUCAUUAAAACAAUCAGGCAACACAGAAGUUUCUAAUAACCAGCAGGAAAGUUCUCAGAAGAAUACAACAUUGCCCAUUAAAAAUCCUUUACUACCAGAGCCAAAGGUGGAGGAAAAUGUACCCGAUCCAAAUUCUUCACAUGUCUUUCAGCGUAAUGUAGUUUGGACUUUUGAAGAUAUACGCAUGUUGAUCGGCACAGAUAUGCCCAUAUUUGGAGGACCAAAUCGUCCUUGUAUUAGUUUGAGAUUGCGUGACAUGAACAAACCUAUUAAUGUGUUGACAGGCAUAGACUAUUGGCUGGAUAACCUUAUGUGCAAUGUGCCUGAAGUGGUAAUGUGCUACCAUUUAGAUGGCAUUGUGCAGAAAUAUGAAAUCAUCAAGACCGAAGAUUUACCAUAUUUGGAAAACUCACAAUUUUCCCCACAGGUGGUGCGUAAUGUGGCUCAAAAUAUAUUGGCUUUCCUUAAAGCCAAUGCCACCAAAGAGGGACAUACGUAUUGGUUAUUCAAGGGACGUAAUGAUGAUGUGGUGAAAUUGUAUGAUCUGACUACAUUGUGCAAAAAUCAAUCAAAUUCAUCGGAAUGUGAUGAGAAGCAGGAAAAUCCUUUUACAGUACCAGUUGCCAUGUUACUGUACACCGUGGCACGUAAUAUGAAAAAUCGUUCUCCACAAAUUACAGCCAAAACGGCUGGCAAUAUAAGGGCGUUGUUGGACAAUUGUAUAAAACUGUUGCCCAAGGAGAAAUAUCCUCAAAUUGUUACCUCUUCCCACUAUAUACUCUCCGACUUGCAUAUACCAGCCGGUAUAGAUCCUAAGGAUCCCAAAUUUGACACCUGUGACAAUGACUCUGAUACACAAUCCGUGUACGACGAUGAAGAAGAGGAAGAUGAUGAAGAUUAUGGCGCCUUUAGCAACCAUGAAGAAUUAUUUAAUUUCCAAGAAUUGAGUAAAGAUCAAAAUGUGGCCGUACAGAAUAUCUGUGAUACUCUUAAAGAGUUUCAUCUGGAUAAUAUUACCACUAAAACAGGAAAUCAAAGACCAUCACCUUUGGUGGCUUCGGUGGAAGAAAGAUGCUCCAUAGCUUUGGAACAUAUUAGUAAAGGUUUAUCCUGCUUACAGUUUUUUAAUAAAAAUGAGGAGAAAUUCGUUAAAGAGACUGAGGCUAGAGCCAAAGAUGAGGAAAAACAAAAAAUUAUACACGAAGAACAAAAUCCCAAUAUGGCCAAACCCUUUAAACCUAUACCUCUGCCCUAUGAGUCACUGAACGCACAAAAGGCCUUAUUGUCUAGUAAUAAAUCUGUGGAUAGUGACGAUGAAGCGGUGCAGGAAAUUAAAACAAAAAAAUCAAAAGUUAAAAAAUCUCAUAUUAAAGAUUUAAAGCCACUGGCAACAGCCAAUUCGCAACAGCAACAACAAUCGCAGCUACCUCAACAGAUUGCUGUUAGUUUUAAUUCUCAACUCUUUGGUUCCUGGAAUAUUCAUCUUAAAUUGUUACUGUUGGAAAAAGCUUGCCUAACUUAUGCCACCUUGGCUGAACAUAACUAUGUCGAGCAGAAAUAUGGCUCAAGUUUGAGGGCCAUCUAUAUGUCAUGCAAAUGCCAGCAGGUGGUAUUGAAGUACAUGACAUCGCUGGUAUCACAAAAAAGUUGUUUAUUGGGGCGUGCUGGCGAUUGUUUAUUUCAAAUGACUAAAGAUUGGCAAAAUAUUGAAGAACAUAUGCAGGAUUUCAGUAGGAGCUAUGAGUCGGAGAAAUUCAUACUCAAAGAAUUGGAAAAAGAGUUGGACUCAGAUGACUGCCUGGAACUGAUUGAACCCCAGGAUAAUAUUGAAUUCCUAAUGGCCUCCAGUUGUGCAUGUUACGAAAAUGCUUUAGAACAUGUGAAGAGCUCCAUUGGCGAUAAUACAGAUGAGGAAGCUCGUCAUGAACUACUGAGACGUUUGGGUAAUGUACGCAAUGAAUUGGGCGUUAAGUACAUGUUUUGGGCUCAAGAGGAAUACACAAAAUAUGUACAAGAAAAUAAUGCUGACACCAACAACUCCAAUGAUACGGCUCAACAAAAAUCCAAGGAAAACAUUGAAAACAACAUAGAAGUAGCUGAAGCAAGUGAAGACACCGAAAUGGCUGCCAAAAAAGAAGAACCUUUAUAUUUGAAAUUGGCCAUGAAAUCGUAUGAUUGUUUAAUACGUGGCAUUAAGGCUUUUAAUAUAGUUGAAGACAAUAUUAAUUUGGCAUUUUUGUACUGUAACAUGGGUAGAUUUAUGCGUUUUAGAGGCCAUUUAGUGAUACCACAUGAAAACAUCGAUAUGAUACAACAACAAAAAAUGUUUUACAAUGAAGCCUUUUCGUAUUAUGAAAAAGCCAAAGAUGUUUUGGGUUCUCGUAAAUCGAAUGCCGAGCUGUGGGAUUUGGUUAAUUGGGAGCUAUCGACUGCCACUUUUACAUUGGCCAAACAAUUGCAGGACUAUAGUAGUACUGAGCAGCAGGUUUGUCGCAAUGAUUUAGAAAAAGAGGUUUCAGAUUUGUUACAAAAAUCGUUGAAACUUUGCGAUGUUGAACAUCCGGGAUCUCGACAAAUCUUGUAUACUUAUCGUUCAGGUUUAAUACAUAAAAGAAUUGCCUCUUUCCACUACAGUCAGUUGCGUAAUAAUUGCACGGACUCAUCAAGUUUGCCAAAAACUACACUACAGCUGUGCAAAUAUCAUUAUGAAAAGUCAGCCAAUAUAUUGGACUCUCUUAAGGAAGCAGGAGACUAUUUAAUUGUGCAGUUAGAGCGAAUUUCUUUGCAAGAAUUUUUGGCAGAAAACUCCAACAACAAUAUGAAAAAAAUCAAAAACCUCCAACAGGCAUUAGAAAUUUGCCUCAAUUCCAAAACACUAUUCGAAUAUGCUGUCACAAAUUUAAACUCUUCGGCUGAACUAACAACAUCUACAGCGACAGCGGCCGCUGCUGCUGCGGCCGCUACACAAAAUACCAACAGUGAGGGGGAAUUUCUAAAACACAUUCUAUUGUUUGAGAGUCGUUUACAGUUUGCUCUGAAAAAUCUUAUAAAACUGUGGCUGAGUGGGGUAAAGGAUACCAAACAAUGGGCCGAAUUGUACAAGAAAAUGUAUAUGGAAACCUUGCAUAUUAGAAAAGUAACGGGGGUACAGCAUGAACUGAGUGGUGUUAAACAACUGGCACAACAAUUUGCAAAUCUAUUGGAGAGACUGACACAACUGGAACGAAUACAUACAAAUAAUAUAACCAAUAAUAAUAAUGCUAGCUGCUAAGCAGCUUAAUUGCUUUUAUAUUUAUUUUAUUUUCUAUUUUAUUUUUCUGUUUAUUUAACACAUUUCUUUGUUUCUUCCCUUUUCCCUUGUUUUGUUUUCUAACUUUUCUCCCAAAACAAUUAUUAUUAAAUUAUUUAUUAAUAGACUUAAUUAUAACAUCCAUAUAUUUACACACUCAUACACUUUGUCUUAAAACUUUUCCACACACCACAAGACAUCAAUGCAAGUGUUUUUUAUUGUAAAAUUUCAGCUGUUUGCAAUACAAAUACAAAUUUUCUUUAUUUUAUUUAUACCAAUGUAAUACAUUUUCUUUAAUUAUUCAUAAACAACAUAUCACAAUGUUUUGUUUGUUUUGCCAGGGAUUUUAUAAUUAACCAGACUUUCGGCCACAACCACAAUCGUUGGCUUCAUUGAGAACUUUUUCACCAGCAAUUAAUAUGAUGUGUGUUGUUAACAUUAACAGUGCUCUUAUACCGUGGUAAUACUUGAAAAUUAAACAAACAAAGAUUAAAUACAUUAAAUCAAUGCUAAAUAUUCAUGAUUUGAUGAACUUACUAAACUUUUUAAAUCAAACAUUUUUCUAUUGAUGCGAUUUUAAAACACGUUCGUUCUAGUUUAUACUAAGUUUUUAAUGAAACUAAUACUUUACUCUACUAUAUUAUAUUUUAAUAUUUAUAUUUCAAAUAAAACACUUUGAAUUCUUAUUUAUUAAAUAAUUCUUAUUUAUUAUUAAACGUGCUUUAAAUAAAGAUUUUUAAUCAUUUGUAAAAUAGUUACAAAACCCCA